GCACAAAACGGACACUGAACAUAAAUAAAAAAAAAAAAAAGAAAAAAAGAAAAGAGGGUUUGAGAGCGAGAAAGAAAGCAGCGAGCCAGGGAUAUAAUGGGAAAAGAGAAGCAAAAAUGGACAGCGGAGGAGGAGGAGGCGCUGCUAAACGGAGUGGCUAAGCACGGCUCUGGCAAGUGGAAGAACAUUCUCAAAGAUCCCGAUUUUGCUCCUUUCCUCACUCAACGCUCUAACAUCGACCUUAAGGACAAAUGGCGGAAUUUGAGUGUUAGUAAUUCUGCACAAGGUUCUAAGGAUAAAGCAAGGGCACAUAAAAUUAAAACUGUAACAGUAACUCCACCCUCCAAUGCGCCAAACUCUGCUUCUGCUGAUGGAUCUGUGGAUGCUCUUAUGGAUGACCUUUCAAACAACGCUGUGGAUGGAAAGAAUGCCCCAAGGCAUGAUGCAAUGAUUUUUGAAGCUCUUUCAACCAUAAAAGACACAAAUGGAUGUGAUAUCAGUGCUAUUGUUCACUUUAUUGAGCAAAGGCACGUGGUGCCACAAAAUUUUAGAAGGUUAUUAAGUUCAAGGUUGAGGAGGCUUGUUUCACAAGGCAAAUUGGAAAAGGUCCAAAAUUGCUAUAGAAUCGGGCAAGAUGCCUCACUGGGAACAAAAACGCCAACCCCAAAACAAAAGGAUGUCAGGCCAAGGCAAUCACAAAAUUCUAGAUUACUUUCUGGCGAGACAGUGGAGGAAGCAGCAAUAGCUGCUGCUUACAAAGUUGCUGAAGCAGAAAAUAAAUCAUUUUUGGCUGCUGAAGCGGUUAAGGAGGCAGAAAAAGUAUCAAAGAUGGCAGAAGACACCGACUCCAUGCUCCAGUUAGUGAAAGAGAUUUAUGAACAAUGUUCACGAGGUGAAAUUGUUCUCUUGGCUUGAGAUUGUUCUCGUGGCUUGAGUUAUGGAGUGUAUAAUUAGGAAAAGCAAAAUUCUAAGUGGUUUUCAAAAUCUGUACAUUGCGUGUAGCGAUGGCUUUCUCUCGGGUUGCAUUAGUAACGGUGUCCAUUUUUUUGGUUAGUUAGAAGAAAAUUACGGUUGGAUUAGGUGAGGUCUUACUCUUAGUUAGAUUCGUCAAAUGUACAAUUAAGAAAAGCAAUAAUAUUAUAAUAUGGAUAAAUUUCAAUAGUUA